AUAGAAAGCUCAUGAUGAAUCAUUAGGUCAUAUUCAUUGGGCUCAGUCAAUGCCUGCAGUCAGAUGAUUUCACUGGCUGUACAGAUGUCAAAAUCUCAUAUUUCAAAGUAUAAGUAAAAGUGUUAAAGUUCAGCUGCAGCAGGGACGAUUACAAAGCAAAUUAAGUGUGCGUGUCACUCUGUCUGCUGGGGUUAGAGUGUAAGAGGAAGACCCAAAAAUGAGCAAAAAAGGCAAAAGAAGUUUCAAGGAAAAAUUUGCCUUGAAGAACAGCCUGAUUAAAGAAGCCCUCUCAGAGUUCCUGGGAACUUUUGUAUUGAUAGCGCUCGGAUGUGGGUCUGUUGCCCAAACUGUUCUUAGCCAUGGGGCCAUGGGUGAGUCUAUAACAAUAUACGUCGGGUUUGCAGUGGCAGUCACCAUAGCAAUCUAUGUAUCCGGAGGCGUGUCUGGCGGUCACAUUAACCCAGCAGUUUCAUUAGCCAUGUGUGUGACUGGAAGGUUGAAAUGGAUCAAAUUACCGGUCUACAUAUUAGCCCAACACCUGGGGGCAUUUAUUGGAGCAGUAGCUGUCUUUAGUGUUAAUUAUGAUGCGCUUAUGCAGUACAGUGAUGGAGAACUUACAGUCACAGGACCCAAUGCAACUGCACAUAUUUUUGCAACAUAUCCAGCUCCACAUCUGUCACUGAUAAAUGGAUUUGUUGAGCAAGUGAUGUCAACAGCUUUUCUUCUUUUGGGUGUAUUUGCCAUUUUUGACACCAAAAACAUAGGAGUACCCAAGGGCUUGGAACCAAUUGCAGUUGGACUUCUUAUCUUGGCACUUACUUGCUCCUUGGCAAUGAACAGUGGCUGUGCCAUGAACCCAGCCAGGGACCUAGGCCCAAGGCUCUUCACAUUAAUAGCAGGAUGGGGAACAGAAGUAUUUACGGCUGGAAAUAACUGGUGGUGGGUUCCUAUAGUUGCACCUAUGAUGGGAGGAGUAAUUGGAGCCCUUAUUUAUGUUCUUUUUAUUGAAAUCCACCAUUCAGAUACUCAGCCAGAACAAGACACUGACAUGUAUACCAAAUAUGAACUUACCAACGUGGGGUAAUUACAAUCAGCAUUUUUUUUUUAAAUAACAGAAUGACUAUUCAAAUCAUUCUGCAAAAAGUUGUGGGAAUGAAUCUUAAAGUACAUGUUUCAUAAACUACAAGUGACCUCUACAGAAAACAAAUCCAAAAAAGAUUUCUUCCAAUGAAACAGCAGACCAAUUACUUGAAAAUCUGGAAAUUAAAUUAUUAGUUUCAGGGUAAAGACUGCCACUUUUUUUUCCUGUAGUUUUCAGGGCAAGCUUUCUCUUAGAUUAAACUAUAAUGGGGUAAUACCAUGACCUGCUAAUUUCAUCCAGACAAGAUAAAUUGUUACCUAAUUAGCCAGCAAUGAAUGAGGCACUGUCACAAAACUGCAUACCUAGUCAGUUAAUUGGCCAAGUGCUGCACUGCCAUGUAAAAAGAAUGCUCCAAUGAUUAUAAAGCUGUUAUAAAAUAUGUUAUUUGCAAGAAAGAAAAAACAAGAUCAGAAUUGCCUAUAAAUUAACUGAAGUGGUUUAUAUCUAAUUUUAUAUCUAAUCAUUAACUGGACAGCUCUGAAACAAGGUGUCCAUGGCUUGAUUGUGCAGAAAAUGCUGAGAAAUGGAUAAAAAUAUCCCUGGUGAAAAGUUUGGAUUAAAAGAAAAUAUUAAGAUUUUUGCUAAAGUUUCUUCAUAGCAGUAAUGCUCAGACAUGAUUUUUAAACUAGCCACCAUUUUAAUUGCUUAAUGAAAUCUGAAAGAUUCAAACUUCUCUUGCUGUGCUUCCUGGGCAAAAUCCACCCCAGGGCAGAGGGGGCAACAGCAUAAGUUUGUGCCAUAAAGAGGACAGAAGGUGGCCUAUGCACAAUUUCUGUUGUGUGCUAGCUCUCUGUGCAGAGGUGAGUUUCCUCUUGUAGAAGAACAAUUUUUAAGUUUGGCAUUAACCCAUCCUAAAACAAAAACAAAUCAGAGAUAGGCCCAAGAUGAGACUCCAGCCCUGAACUUCCUGGAGCUCUUUAGAAAGUCAGAUUCACAGAGGAACUCUAAGGUGUGGGCAUUCCGGUGGUUAGAUAUGUUCUGCUCCCACGGUGUUCAGGUAAUGUUAGUCGGUAUCACUAUCACAUGGUUCCUUUGGAAAAAAUCUAGUUGAUUUCUGUUUUAUCAAUCUAAGUUGAACAUGUGAAAUUUACCCAAUGCUCUCUCUAAUUUAUAUCUGGGUGGUGGUGGUGGUGACCACAAAUAAAGAGAUUUCAUAUUCA